UAAUUUUUUUUUUUUAAUUUCUCCUCUCUCUUUCAUUUUUCUUUCUCAUAUUUAAAUACAUCAUGUCUACAACAGACCAUUCACCUCCUUCAUUGCCACCUAUUUCCAUGUUCACAUCAAGGUCACAGCCAUCUUCUUCACUGAUGCCAGCGUCACCACCUACCUCUGGUUAUGAUAAACACACCUCUUUACCCAUCCUUCCCAAACCAGUUAAUAAUGACUAUUAUAAAGAACGACCCGAACUAUUAUCACCUCCUCAAAAUUAUUACCGUUCUAAGCCCGCCUCUACACCUUCUUCAGCAGCACAAGCACAGGCACCACAACAACAAGCAGCAGCGCCAGAUCAGAGUACACUGUGGGCAUUAUUUAACCAAUUCCAGCAACAGCAACAAAAAGAAAAGUCGCAAGAGAGACGAGGAUCGGACAGCCAAGAUGGACGAGGCCUUUCCUCAGAGGAAGUGUUGGCGGAGAAAAGGAGACGUAAUGCAGGAGCUUCUGCAAGGUUUCGUGAUCGUCGCAAACAACGAGAGCGUGAAUUAUUAGAUAAAUGUAAUGAAUUAGAACAACGAUCCAAAGAAUUUGAGAAUGCAUUAAGACGUGUGGAUCCUGACCAUCCGAUAUUAUCAAAGCAACUAGACUAUCCAACCUCUCGUUCCAUCACCCAAAGCCCGCCUCCCAACGCCGCCGCCGCCGCCUCCGCUCAUGACGAUAACUUGUUUGACCGUGUUGGCCAAUUAGAACACCUGAUGACCCGAUUCAGACAAGAAAAAGAAACGGAUGAACAAAAGCUCAAUGAGCUCGAAAAAGAGAACAAGUACUUGAAAUCCUUGCUGAUACCCGUGAGUCUAUCACGAAAAUCAAAUGAUCAUAAACGGAUUCGAUUAUCCGAUUCUUCUGAUAAUGAUAUCACCGAUGAAAACUAAACAUAAAACCACCAAACCCCCUUCACCCCCUCUUCAUUUGUAUACAACGAAACAUAAAUGCAUUAAAGUCCCUUUUUUAUUUCAAU